GAUCGCCAAUAUUCAUUUCGAGAGUACUUGCGCUACCGUUCGCAGCGAGCCAAUGAAUAUCGUUACAUCGUGGUGGCAUACAAACUCGUCAGAGCUCCGAAUCACACAAUUGACUAUUUGGAAAUUCCUACAUACCAUGUUACCCAAUCAAUGAGCUGCUGUUCAGUACUAUCGAAGCACCCCCGGGAACAUGUUUCGAAUAGCAUUGCUGCUACUCGCCACUAUCGAUAUCGGAACGAUCUUCAUCGCUUGCACCAGAAUGGGACUGUUCAACGUUACACCUACAUUCGAUGAACAGACGGAUAUGUUGCCACCGACAGUUGAGACAAUUACAAACCAAGGCGUUCAGGAAGCACCUGUUUCCGCUGAACAAUAUCGAAAAAAACCACGUCCAGAAAGGCAUGGUCCGUAUGGCACAAUGAAUUCAUUGGAUUUCACCCGUAGGUACCUGAGUUAUGAGGAAAUGCACAAAUAUUUGAAUUAUGUUCGACAAAAGCGUCCAGAUAUGGUGAAGCUGAGCCUCAUUGGCAAUUCGUACGAAAAACGACCUCUGACUGCAGUCACCAUAUCAAGUAAAAACCCUUCGAAAACAAUACUUAUCGAUGCUGGAAUCCACGCCAGAGAAUGGAUUGCGCCGGCGACAGCACUCUAUGUGAUCGAUCGACUAGUCCGACAUGCCAACGAAAGCCGCGAUCUGUUGAGUAAUCUCACGUGGAUAAUCCUACCACUCGUCAACCCAGACGGCUACGAAUACUCCCUCAAAGUGGACAAAUAUUGGCGCAAGACACGACGUCCGCACAGACGCUGUCAUGGCACGGACAUCAAUCGUAACUUCGGGUUUCACUGGGGUGAAAAGGGGGCCUCCCGAAACGAAUGUGUUCCAACCUUUGCGGGUCCAGAGGCAUUCUCCGAACCCGAAACCCGGGCGCUUCGCAAUUUUCUGUUAUCCAAAAACAGUUCGAUCGACUUCUAUCUAUCACUGCACUCGUACGGACGAUUUCUGCUGUACCCGUGGGGUUUCAAAAAGGACCUCUCUCGCCGAUGGAAACUCAUGGAUGCGGUUGCACGUGCCGGAUCGGUGGCAAUGAAACUGAAGCACAACGCUAACUAUAGGGUAGGCGGAGCGGCAAAUCUUCUCUACGAGGCGUCGGGUGGUAGCGAUGACUAUGCAUUGGCCGUCGCUCGAAUACCGAUUGUGAUAACAAUGGAACUUCCAGGCGAUAAAAAUGGAUUUCACCCGACUCAAGCUAAUAUUGCGCCAUUUCUAGAAGAGGCUUUCACCGGAAUACGUGCAAUGGCUAUCGAAGCGCUGCAGCCUAAGGUGUAAGUUACUGAUAGUGUUUCAAUGAGUACAUACUUCGCACUUGUGCCUAGUGAAUGAAUGGAUUAGGAGUACUUAUUAUAUUAUCACAGAAGUCGUAUAUGUAGUACCACUUGAGUGGGGCAAUUGAUUUUAUUUACAGCCACUUUCGAAUGCGUCAUCCGUGGAAAAAACACGUGUCGGAUAAUAAACCCAUCGAGUAUGUGUUUACUCAAUGCACCAUAUUUCUCAAUAUAUGAGCGACUAUAAAAUAUAAUAGUAUCCUUUCACUCAACCACAACCUUGCCGGAACACAGUUUUUAUGUCACAGAUUUUAACGAAAAUCUUCAUAGUUGAGUGAUAGACAAUGUACCAAAAAAUGCACACGACGUUGACUAUAUUCAAAGAUAUCAUCAGUAUGAAAAAACAAUAAUAUUUAGAAUGGCAUUAGAUGCCACAGAAUUUUGGUAUCAUCGAACCUCUUCCAAUGACAGGGGAGAUAGGGAUUUUUAGUAUGUAAGGUA